GAAAAGUGGAAUAAGAAAGAAGUGUACAGAGUUAUCAAGUCAAGACUCAAAGAGCUUCAUCUGAUAGGGAUUUCCCAUAAUGAUAUUAGACUAGGCAACAUUCAUGUUUCUGUUUCAGGUAAGAUUUCUUUGAUAGAUUUUGGAUUAUCGGACUGCACAAAUAAUGAAGAACACAAGAAGAAUGAUUUUGAGACUCUUGACUACAUAUUGAGAACAAAUGGUUCUAAUGAAAGUUAUAAGCAUGCCAAUCGAGUUAAUGCUAAAAGCGAAGCUAUACUUGCUGAUAGAGUAGACGAAGAUGGCAAAUAUGGAAAUGAUAGUAAAUCUUCUAGUGAAGAAGUAUUUGAUGAAGGGAGUUCAGGAACUUUUGGUACCCAAAUAACGAUAGAAGAUAUUGCUUCAAAAUCAUCACAAAGAUAA